CAAAAGUUCAGCAUUUGUCAUCAAAACAUACCUGGCCGCAGGCGGCGGCGUCCAGGUGCCGCGGCCGUCCGUCCCUCCCUCCCUCCCUCCUCCGGUGCGAACAGAUCGGCGCCCUACCUCAAUCCUGCUCCGUCCUGAGCAAAUAGGGCUCCACCAGCACCUCAUCGCUCUUCCCCACCAAGAAGAGCCGACGCCCUUCACCAGCACCUCGAGUCCCAGCAAAGAUGCAAGCCGCCAUGGAUGAAGAUGCGACUACGGGCAACUCGCGUGCUGCAGAGACAUUCGAUCCGGACCUGAUUCACGCCAUCUUCAAGCUGGUGUGGAGACGGCGGGCAGAGAAGGGCAGCGGUGGCAACGAGGACAUCGACGUCGAGCCUGCUCUGGAGACCUCGAGGAGAAACCGGAGUACAACUGCCAAUGCAAGUGCGCUUAAAGUUAGCUGCGAGCUUCUGCGCAUAUUUGUUGCAGAGGCUAUUCAACGUUCUGCUUUUAUUGCUGAAGCGGAGGAUGCUACUGUUAUCGAACCCACCCAUCUAGAGCGUGUAUUGCCGCAACUUCUAUUGGACUUUUGAGCUUCUGCAUCCGCUAAGCUUGGCAAAAGGAAAAGGUUGGACAAGACAUCAUCAAUCAUCAUACAGAUGGUUGGUUGAUGAGGACAGCGCCCCAGUUACCUGGGUCAGCCGUUGCUGUCAUUGUCAAUCCAGUUAUAAAGCUUGGCAGCGGGCUGUUUUGUAGCUUGAGGGAAUUUCUUUUAAAGCUGUGUAGAUUCAGGAAACUUGGAACGGUACUCUGGUGGUGUAUCUUUAUGAAAUAGAAGCAGCUCGCUUAAGAAAUGCAUCAUUUUCAUUUGCGUAUUGUGGCAAA